AAGGCGGGAAUCCGCUGGGCGGCCCGCCGGCAUGACGGCGGUAUCGGCACGGCGCCGGCUGCUGGCGCUCACUGUGAUUACGUUGCUUGGAUGCUCCGGCUCAGCUCAGGCAGAGGUGAUCGGCUGCCGCCCACCCGGUGCCAACACCCUCUCGCGGGUCGUGUUCUCCGAGCCCCCGCAGCCAUCAGCGGCGCCGCCGUCUGGCCAGCCGGCUCGGCAGUCGGAGGGGCUCUACCUACCUGGGCCACAGGCGGCCGACGCCAGCGGCCGGCUGCCGUCCGGGACCUGGGCCCGCUACUCGUGUGAUCCGGGCUAUCUGAUGAUCGGCGACCCCGUCCGCACCUGUCUCCCAGAGGGCCAGUGGACGGGGUCGGCCCCUCACUGCUAUCUGAAUGCGGCGGAGCACUCCAGCCUGGCGACCCAACACAGCAAUCUGGCGGACGGCGACCUCAGCACGUCGGACGACCUGCUGGCGCUCUUCGAGGGCGGACGGUCUCUCUUCGUGGACCUCUUCUUUGUCUACCCGCUGCUCGAAAUGAGGAUCAUCACGUUUUACAACCUCACAGGAAUGAACAUUCAGAUCAGACUCAGCGACGAUAACAUCUCUUGGAUAGGCAUAUCCAUGUCAGUCGAGGCGCCGCAGCAGUCCGAGCGGCGGCAGCAGGGCCUGGCCGUGCACACCAUCUCGCUGCAGAACACUGUGCUGCAGGGCGGCGCCCGCUUCGUCAAGGUGUCGCUGUUCCACUCGAGCGGCAACUACUUCAGGCGGGCCUCCUACUCGCCCGUCUGGCCCCUGCACGAGCUGCAGAUUGUCGCUGAGAGCACCGGUUUGUCGAAGCACCAGUGUCUGGAUGAUGUCGGUCGGCCGAACAUAGCCGAGACGUGGGCUGCCGACGGCCGGUGCUACCACCUGGUGAGCAGCCGGCUAACUCAGCAGCUGGCAGAAGACGAGUGCCACCGGCUCGGCUCCGAGGGAACGCUUAUGCGCGACAGCUCGGCCGGACUGCACGACAUGGUCAUCGACAUACUCAGGCAUCGACGAAAGUCAAAGCUGACAAGAGUCUCUGACAUUUGGACAGCCGGAAAAGCAGACGACAUGCAUGAUUCAGGAGCGGAAUCGGUCACGUACGGGGCGGGGAGGCCAGGCGGCUGCCCUCGCGCUGCGGCGCCGCCACGGCUGGGGUGUCGCCCCUGCGCCCUGCAGCGCCCGCUACAGGUUCAUCUGUCAGAGAGGUACGGUCCGGGGCCGCGUUCGGCGCCGCGCCAGUGCCCACAAGUGGACUCGGCCGCAUUUCUGCGACGCCCAGCUGGAAACAACGCCUGUGACGAGUACGUGUCCCGCUGGUCUGACUACCUGGGGGCCAUCAUUGGCGGCGUUGUGGGCGGCGCUGUCGUGCUGGCCGUGCUAGCCGUCUUGCUGGUCUGCAACGCCAGGAGGCGAGACGACAAGCUCGCCUCGGAGCCGUACAACUUCAUGGAGUUCUGGGGACUCAACCACAACCCCAUCUACAAGUCCGAUGAGGAGGAGCAUGUGUACAGUGAGGUUGGCGGAGGGGAGGCUAUCUACGAGGAGCCCAGCUUCUCAGCGAGCUACCGAAAGCCUCUGCCGGUGGAGCCGCCACCGCUGCCCGGCUCUCACCCGAGCGUCAGCACGAUGGAGACCGACGUGACCGUCUCGCUGGCCCAGGACGAGUCCGACUAUGAGGUCUUCUCAACUUUGGACGCGUCCAAGCCCAUCGCCAAGGACUUGUCUGCCACGAAUUCAACCGGCGAGCCGACGCCGCUCGGGUCGGAGGCCGGCGAGUGCCCGUACACGCUGCCGUACGACCCCAAAGCGGACGAGGUAGCGGACGACGCAGAGGGCGCGCAGGAGCAUCCCCUGACGUGGCCGUGA